UGAUAAAUAAAUCGUAAAACACCUUAAUGUUAUAAAAUGAGAUCGAUUUGAUUUUUUUUUUGUAUCAUAGUAGAUAAAUAAUUUUAAUAAUGCGUGUAUUAUAUUUCUGUAUAAGUUUAUUAAUCAGCAUAUCGUCAUUAGUUUGUGGGAACGAACUUGAUUAUGACGGCUGGCUGCAUUUAAAAUUAUUGCACGCGUUUAACAACGAGCCAAAUCCCAUUUUUAUAGAACGAGGUAAUAUCACGGUAUCCAGUGUCCGUAGUGGUGCCCCGGUUGUUGGACAAAAAGGAUUGUUACAGCCUGAUAUAAGUGAAUUACAGAACCUUGCCAGACACAAUGGCAAAUACAGACUUAUGGCAGUAGCCCGUACCUCUUCGAGUAGUGAAAUAACAUUUCUAACUUCUGUACCUGCGUGCUAUCUUCUUGGUUCUGAUCUUGAAGAUGUUAUUACAAUUUGGCUAGAUAGUGCAGCCGAACCAAUAGCUAUUAGUAUAUCAUCACCUGGUCCUUGUAUCAUGGACAGACCCUUUACAAACAUGUGGACAACCAAUGUUAUUGUUAAAUACCCUGAUGGUGGACCAAUUCCAGAUACUGCCACAUAUAUCCAGAAGCUUGAACGUGAGAGAGAAGCAAGAGAAAGAGGAGAAGCCAAAGACAAUAGAUCUAUCUUUGCAAAAUAUUGGAUGUACAUUGUUCCUGCAUUGAUCUUUGUUGUUCUAUCAUCUGCAACAAAUCCAGAAGCUGGUGGAGCAGCAGGUGGUAAUACCCAAAGACAGUAA